AUGGCAUAUCCCUUGGUCUGGCAAGGUCGACUCUCCCUCAAGAACUCUGAAGUCAGUGUUGCCCUGCAUUACGUUCAGGGGAACGCGGAUCUCCUCCGCGCCUGCAUCUCCACCCUGGCAGCAGGGGGUGGAGGUAGCCCUCAGCAGGCUCUGGUGACCUCUGGGGGCCCGUUGCGCAUUGUACAACGCAUGCGCCUGGAGGCAUCUCAGCUGGAUGCGGUGCAGCGGAAGAUCACACAAGAGGGAGCCUCCUGCGCUUGUGUCGCUUUCGCCUCGGGUGCAAAUCGGGCCGAUCUGGCGCAACAGAAUGUAGUCCUCUCAGACGGUUUCAUCCGCUAUAUGCUAGAGAAGGGUGCUGCUGGAAUUAUCAACGUCGGUCAGCCUGGAGCUGUUCAAGUGAGCUGCAUCGCUGCUUGCUUUCACUGCCGUUUUGCCUAUUAG